AUGUUGGAAAACAGCGAGGACAUAACGAGAAACGAAGAUGGAGACCGUGAGGACGUCGAAGACGACGAGGAGGACGAUGAAGUGAAGAUAAUAGGCUCGCAGAAGCGUUGCGAGCGCUGCGAAGAAGUGAAAAUCAAGACCGAGGUGCUCGACGAGAUCGAGAAUUUCUCGGCCAACGACGAGCUGCACGUCGAGGUUUCUUACGAGCCCGGGUGCAGAAAGGUGGCGCGGAAUCCGCAGAAUCAGGGACUGACUCGUAUGCACGAGAAGUACGGAAAAAGAGGAAGCUUGUCUUUGGUUAAGAGAGAAAUCACGCUGGAAGAGUACGUGGAUUUCGAGGAAUACAUAGCAGCGCUAACCACCGGGACACGCUUGAUCUGCAGCGUGUGCAGGAUCGAGUUCCCCGACGAGGCCGAGUUCAAGACGCACAUGGUGGGUCACAGCCACGGAAAAUUGUUCCAGUGUGGCCUCUGCGCGAAGCAGUUCUCACGGUCGUCGGCUCUGAAGGAUCACCUGAGGCUCCACGAGGCGCUGAAAGCGUUCAUGUGCAGGCACUGCAGCCUCCGAUUUCAGCAGAGGGACCAGCUGAGGACGCACCAGGCGGAGGUGCACUCGAGCCGAAGGCCGUUCGAGUGCGGCGUGUGCAAGAAGAAGCUGCUCCAUCGGCAGUCGUUGCGCGAUCACAAGCUGAUGCACACGAACGUGAAGCCGUUCGAGUGCUCCAUCUGCAAGAAGAGGUUCCUACGACCGAGCAGCCUCAGGGCACACAUGAUCGUUCACACCGCGGACUCGCCCUUCGAGUGCGACCUUUGUCCCGCCAAGUUCAAGAGGUCCUCCGUGCUGAAGACGCACAAGCUCACGCACACCGGUGUCAGAAGGUUCGAGUGCGACAUCUGCAAGCACCGGUUUCAUCUCAAGGGCGCCUUGAAGCACCACAUUCUGUCCCACUAUGGAGAACGAAGACAGGGAUUCCACGAUGAGCAAAGUAGCAGUGUCGAUUUCAGCUUAAGUCCUAGAUCUCCUAUCGAACAGCUGGAAUAA